GACCUGUCCCGACCAAAAAAAAAACACUCCGACUCUCCGCCGAUUACACCGUCGGACUUUUUUGGUUUCUUUCACAAUGGCAUCACGGGUUUUGUUCUCUAGUCAAUUAACUUUCCCGGCGAAUCCGUCGCGGAAAACCUCGAUUGCUCCGUUAUCGCCUUCCCGGAAUGCUCUCUCCUUCUCCUAUCGAAUUCUUGUAGACCGAUUCGCUAUGAGGAUCGGACCGAUUGUAAGAGCUGCUUCGUUUGCUCCAAAGGUAGCGGAGCUCGAUGGUUCGAGAGACGAAGCAAGAAAGAGGAAGAAGCUUGCUGUGUUUGUAUCUGGAGGUGGUUCGAAUUUCAAGAAGAUUCAUGAGGGAUGUAGUGGUGGUUCAGUUAAAGGAGAUGUUGUUUUGCUGGUCACUAACAAAAAUGAUUGUGGAGGUGCUGAGUAUGCAAGAAGUAAUGGAAUUCCUGUUUUAGUAUUCCCAAAACCCCAACGAGAGUCAUCAUCCGAUGGACUCUCUCCGGAAGAGCUCGUGGAUGUUCUUAGGAAGUAUGGUGUAGACUUUGUUCUUCUGGCUGGAUAUUUGAAACUUAUACCGGUAGAGCUGGUCCAAGCUUUUCCUAAACGGAUUCUAAACAUCCAUCCUGCGCUUCUUCCGGCUUUUGGAGGCAAAGGGCUUUAUGGUAUGAGAGUGCAUAAAGCUGUUCUAGCAUCAGGAGCUAGGUAUUCAGGUCCGACAAUUCACUUUGUCGAUGAGGAGUAUGACACAGGGAGGAUACUUGCUCAAAGCGUAGUCCAAGUGAUUGCUAAUGAUACACCAGAUGAAUUGGCUAAAAGGGUUCUUCAUGAGGAACACAAACUUUAUGUCGAGGUGGUGGCUGCGAUUUGCGAAGAGCGGAUCAAAUGGAGAGAAGACGGUGUCCCUCUCAUCCAAAGCAAAGAUAACCCUGAUGAGUAUUAUUAGAUCCUCAAGUAAUGCCCUUAAGUUCAACCCCAUUGGAUCCUAGUUUAUAGUCUUCACACUGUAGAACAAUUUUUUGACCAAAGUGUAGAUUGAGAAAUGUUUCUGAAGCUAAAUUUUUUUGUUUCGGUUGGGUCAGAAAGUCGCAUGAAAGGAGAUGAAAUUAGAGCCAAAAGGCAACAUUCCAAUG